AUGGUCGCCGAGGCGCUGAAUGCCAUCUCCGUCGGUGAGGUGCUCAAUCCGAGUCUGAAGAAAACCACCGCCGAGAUGGCCAGAUCAAUGCGCUCCAUUCAAGAUCACCGCGACUCUGAGGUGCUGUACUUUGAGGACAAGCUGCUGCCGGCGCUGUCGGCGUUUGGCACUUCGCUGCAUAAACAACGGGAUGAGAUUCGAUCCACCACAAACAAGGUCUUUGACGGUAAAGGAAGUGAUGGAAGUCGUUCUAGGUGGUCCACUGCUGCUGCUGGGGCAUCGAGCACCGCCUCUCGAAGUUCCAGCACUCGGCGCAGUCAAAGUGUCGAACGGGUGGAAAAGCCGAGCAAGGAGGAGCGGGCAUUGCAGCAGAUGGCUCAACGAUAUGAACUGCGACGAAAUCUGGUGCUGCGAAAAGUCCUCCUGAAACUGAUUCUCUCCGAGCUGCGCUACACCAUCCGCGCCUUCAACAGUCUGACUGAUGUCUACAAAGCGGUCAGUCGAGGCUUCAGUCCGCUGGACGACCUCAAACUGUUCAAUGAGUUCUUUCACUUUCGCUCACUGAAUCGGGCGAUUUUGAAUGAGGUGGAAGGCGACGUCAGUGACGUCGAGUCAGCUGAAGAAGAGGAAGAGGAUGAUGAAGAUUCUGACACUGAAGAAGAGGAAGCUGAAGACUCUGACAACGAAGAAGAAGAGGAAAGCGAAGAGAGCGGUCUGGAGGAGGAUGACACCGAGGGUGACAUGGCCUCUGAAACGCUCGAUGGCCGUCGAUCGGCACUGAAGAAAGGUGGUGGUGAUGAA